AUGUCUGCUAUAGCUCUUUCUCAAUACCACAGUACUGGAGCUCCAGUAUAUGAAGGUGUUACAACAGUGUGGCUGCUCGCAACUCUCGGGAACGCAUCACGUAGUGUUUCCACCAUUUCGAACUCUGGUAGUUCCAGCGUCAAAAAGAAAGACAUCUUAGGCGUUUCCAUUCCUCAAACAUGUGAAGUUAUUCAAAGUAACGAUCUCCAUCUUCCUUUAAGGUACGUAUCUAAUUUACUAUACGGAGUUACUGUUUGUUACCACAGGAAGACAGAAUAUGUGCUUAAUGAUGUGACAGGUUUAGUGACUCAACUGCAGAAAAAGAUGUACAGCGGCGGACUUUUCAAAAAAAGAAAGAUCAAGGAUAAUGAUGCUCAAUCAACGACAAUUAUGAAUCCAAAAAGAUCAAGUGUUGUUACGAAUGCUUUUUUAGAUGAUGAUCCUUCAUUUGAUAUAAAUGAAGCAAGUGUUUUUGCAAAUGUGCUUAACGCAGAGUCAAAACGACAGGACUCCGAAUCGAGCAUAAUUCGUAGGCAGGACUACAUGAAUGAGCUAACAAAUUCCAACAAUUUUGAUAAACCUGAUUAUUUUGCAUCUCUGAAUCGCCCCAAUAGAUCAGUGACACUUGAUGAUAUACCAAUUGAUUUUGAUUUUAAUUUUGAGCUUGACGAGAUUGUGAGUCGCCAAGGAACGGCGAUGGGAUCUUCAACUGACUCUGUUAGGAGUAAUAACGAUUUAAAUGUUACUUAUGAUGAUAGGGAAUUCGCCUUGAAUUUUGAUCAGGAAAACUCAGAGAUCAAUGCUACCACUGAACCAAUCGCAGAUGAUACUGGUAUCAACUUGGGAAUUACUGAAGACUUGCGGGAAGAAGAAAAGGAUUUGAUCGGACGCGAACAGGAGCCUGUUGCACCUCUUUCGAAAAAACUUGAUCUGAUGUCACCAAAUGUCGAAUCAUCUUCUUUUAAGAAUAUUCAAGUGGAUGAAAGAAUCGGUUUGUCCACAGAUAUUUUAAGAAAUAAUCAUAAUAAUUAUGCAGAAAUGAUGAAUACCAAUAGAAGAAUCAUUAUCAAAGCCAGAAAAAUUUCAAGCGACUUAUCGACUUUAGAUGAUGGUAAUAAUACCUUUCUAACAAAAUGUUGGAGUCUAAUAUUCACAAACGCUAUUAGCUAUCGUGAAAAGUUUUCAAUUUGGCCAGUAAAUACCACUGUUGAAAGAGGGCGCAAAAGAGCAAGAUCUUCAGUGGAUAAUGCAACUUCCAGAUCCAGUAGUGACGUUUCGAGUGAAGAACAAGGUAGAAGAGCAGUAAUAUUUCCAAAUGAAAAUGCGCUGGAUAAUGAUGGUGAUUUGAUGCUUAAUCUGGAGCAAAUUGAUGAAGAGCUAAAUGAAAACAGCUCAAGAAGUAGCUCAUCUCAUGCCCGGCAGCAUGAUUUACUGCGAAUCAAUUUGAACUUACCAUCAUCAAGCUUCGGUCGAGUUCAAACUCGAAGUAAUACCAAUACAGGGACUAGUUCAGUUCGCAGUUAUGAAAGGGAUGUUGUGGAUGAAUUAUAUGAGAGAGCCCAUUGUACAAACAAAAAUGAUGAUGUCCCUGAAGACAGUCCUAUCACUCGUUUCCGUGAAAAUAGCUCGCAAGUUGUACUGGAUUCCCAAACAAAGAGAUUUUAUGACUACGUGAAAAGUCGCUCAGUAGUGGUAGGCAAACGGACCAACACGAGUCCAUUAUUCUCUAAAAAAAUGCUAUUUGAGGACCUUGUACCCAGUAAAAUAUCAGAAUUAGAAGGACAAGAAUGUCCCAGGGUACUGGAAAGAAAGAUUGCCGCAAAUGCUUUCCUGUCAUUACUAAACUUGGCAACAAAAAACAUGAUAGCUAUUAAAGAAUAUAACGAACAUUCAGAUGACACCGAUCGCUAUGAACUAAUGGAUGGUGAUGACAUUAUCAUUUAUGUCUAA